AUGGGGAGAAGAUAUCUCGGUGGUGGUGGUUCCGCAUUGACAGUAUGGAUCUCCAUCGCAGCGUCGACGGUGUUGGUUUUCUACGGUUAUGACCAGGGAGUGUUCGGAAAUGUCAUUAUCGGCGAGGACUUCCUCCGCACAAUGGGAUAUCCCUCGACCAACAUGCAAAGCACCAUGACAUCCGUCUACAACCUGGGCUGUUUUGCGGGUGCUAUGUCGACUGUCUGGACAGGAGAUGUUUUUGGUCGUCCGCGACAGAUCCUGCUGGGAAGCACCAUUAUUGCUCUGGGAGCGACUAUCCAGGCUGCUUCGUACGGCGUGCCGCAGAUGAUGGUAGGAAGAGUUGUUGCGGGAGUAGGUACGGGGAUGAAUACCGCCACGGCGGGUGUUUGGCAGGCUGAAACGAGUAAAAUGAGGAGUCGUGGGAAGCUGGUUAUAAUUCAGAUGGCAAAUUGCAUUACCGGCUUCUCUAUUUCCAAUUGGCUAACACUGGGCUUCUCCUUCGCCAAAGGCAGCGUGGCCUGGCGCUUUCCACUCGCCUUUCAGAUCUUCUUCAGCCUUAUGAUCUGGUGUCUCUGUCCUUUCCUCCCGGAUUCUCCACGUCUGCUCAUCCGAAAGGGCAAAUAUGACGAUGCUCUCGAGGUCAUUGCCGCGCUAGAGGGUAAUGGAGCGACGGUUACUUCUCCAUCUGUCAAGGCGCAGUUUAAUAUCAUCAAGGAUAUUUUGGACCGUGAACAUAUGACCACGUAUACGUGGUGGCAGUUACUGACGGGACGAGGACCCGCUGGCGUUCUCCGUCGAAUGAUCCUCGGCGCAUGGAUCCAAUCCAUGAAUCAACUCUCCGGAAUCAACAUCACAUCCUACUACAUGUCCUACGUCUUCAUCAACGCGCUGAAAAUCAACGAGCUCCUAUCCCGCAUCCUCGCUGCGGCAGGCAGCGUCGACUACCUCUUCUUCUCCUGCAUGGCAUACUUCUUUAUCGAGCGUUAUGGCCGACGAAGGAUCUUCAUGUGUUCUGCCGCAGCAUGCUGUAUGUGUUGGGUUAUUAUUGCUAUCUGUCUGGCGAUUUCGGAUAGUGGACAAGGUGAUCCGUAUAAAUUGGGUAUUGUGGCCGUGUCGUUUUUCUUUGUUUUUUUCGCGAGUUUUGGAAUGGGUGUUUUGGGUGUGCCGUGGCUAUACCCAACAGAAAUCAACGCUCUCGAAAUGCGCACAAAGGGUUCCUCGCUCGCUUCAGCCGCGAAUUGGAUCAUGAACUACAUGGUCGUCCAAGUAACACCCCCCGGCAUCGCCAAUCUCGGCUGGCGCUUCUGGAUCAUCUGGGCCUGUAUCUGCUUCAGCUUCAUUCCUAUCGUUUACCUCUUCUAUCCGGAGACGGCGAACAGGACCCUUGAGGAUAUCGAUCGUUAUUUUGAGAGUAAUCCGGGGCUGGUUGUUGCGUGGGAUAAAGUGGCAACACAACUCCACCGACCAGAACAGUAUAUCCAGAUGGACGAGGAGAUUAAGCAUUGGGGAGCCAAGGGGGAUAAUGUGGAGGACGUCCGUGUUCCUCUUGGGGAGAAGGAUUUGGAACGUGAAGGAAGGGCGUUGCAUGCAGAGAAGGUGGAAAUUGAUCUUGAUACGGCGAAGUAG